AUGCUGAGAGUUCUAGAGCGCAGACAAACUCGGCUUGAUGAUCAACGUUCAAGACAAGCGGCUUCAAGAGACGCCGAGAGUCCAGAGCAGACACGGACUCGAAUUGACGAUCAACGUGCAAGACAAGCAGCCUCAAGAGCAGUCGAGACUCCGGAGCAGAGACGAACUCGGAGUGAAGAUCAACGUAGACGACAGGCAGCCUCAAGAGCAGUACAUUGGACAUUCAUGGAAGGGGAAGCGUUUCGCUAUGAUCCAGCUAACAACUACGACAGCCAUCCUCAACUUCAUAUUGGACAAAUGACCGAUGUUUGCU